AUGAGUAGUUCAAGGAGACGUUGUUUGAACAAUCCUGAUCAUUUUUGCUAUGUAUGCGGAGAAUAUGUGUUCAACUAUUGUAGAAAAGUUAUAUCAGAGUUGGUGAAAAAUAACUAUUUUGAGUAUUUUGAGAUACUCUUGGAUAAAAAUGAGAAGUCUUGGGCUCCCAAUUGUGUAUGCAAAUCGUGUGUGGAAUAUUUAAGAUUAUGGAAAAGUGGUAAAAGAAAUGCCUUUAAAUUUGAAACACCGACUAUUUGGCGAGACCCACGAAAUCAUCUCGAAGACUGUUAUUUUUGUAUUGUAAACGUAAACGGUUUAAAUACUAAAAAUCGAGCUAUAUGGCAGUACUCAAGUACUGGUUCUGUUCAACGUCCAGUGCAGCGUUCACCUGACUCUUCAGUGCCUAAAAAUAUAUGCGAACAAGACACUGAAGGACCAAGCUCAUCACAAAAUGAUGCUGAUUUUGAAGGUAUGUCAAAUAAGCCAAAAUGCUUUUCCCAAAAUGAGUUCGAUGAUCUUGUAAGAGAUUUAAAUCUUUCUAAACAAGCUUCAGAAUUGUAA